AUGGCCCGGCCCGGCCCGGCCCAGCAGCUCGUGGCCGAGGCGUCGUGCCCGCUGUGCCUGGAUCUUUUCCAGGACCCCGUGUCCAUCCCGUGCGGCCACAAUUUCUGCCGGGCGUGCAUCGAGCGCUGCUGGGCCACCUCGGGCGGCUCCUGGGCUUGCCCGAGCUGCCGCGCCGUGAGCCCGGAGCGGAGCCUGCGGCCGAGCCGGGAGCUGGCGCGGGUGGCGGAGAUCGCCCGGGGGCUGCUCCGGGCCGGGCCGGGCUCGCUGUGCGGGCGGCACCGGGAGCCGCUGCGCCUCUUCUGCCGCGACGAGCGGGCGCUGCUGUGCCCCGAGUGCGGCCGCUGCCGCCGGCACCGCGGGCACCGCCUGCUGCCCGCCCCGCAGGCCGCCCGCGAGUACCAGGUGAGACCCCCGGGAACGGGCCCGGCAGCGGGGGAACGGGGGAGGCCGGGCUUGGAGGGGCUCGCUGGGGGGUUCGGUGCCGACAGGGACAGAAGCAGGAGCGAGGGGCAGCGCACGGCGCGGGAAUUCCAGGAAUUGCGGCGGGUCCUGGACGAGCAGGAGCGGCGGCUCCUGGAGCAGCGCGGGGACCUGGACGGGGCCUUGGGGCGAGCGCAGGAGCGGGCGCUGGCCAAGGUGUCGGAGGAGCUGUCGCAGCUGGACACGCUCAUGUGGGAGAUGGAGGGGAAAUUCCAGCAGCCCCCGAGCCGCUUCCUGCAGGAGAUCCCGCAGCUCCUGGACAGCUGCGAGACGAUGAAAUUCCAUCCCCCGGCCGAGAUUUCUCCCGAGCUGCAGCGGAGCCUGGAGGAUUUCGCCCAGAGGAACGCCCUGGUGAGGGGAGCCCUGAGGAGGUGCCAAGACAGCCUCAUGUUCCUGCUGCAGGAGCCGGCCGAGCUCACCCUGGACCCGCACACGGCGCACCCGCACCUGCACCUCUCGGAGGACGGCAAAGAAGCCCGCGGGCUCCUGGUGCCCAGGGACGUCCCGGACCACCCCGAGCGCUUCGACUUCGAGCCCUGCGUGCUGGCUCGGGGCGGCUUCACCUCGGGGCGUCACUUUUGGGACGUGGAGGUGGGGCAGGGCGGGGUGUGGGCGCUGGGGGUGCUCCGGGAGUCGUCCCGCAGGAGGGGCCCCCUGAGCCUGACCCCCAAGGAGGGGGUGUGGGCGCUGGAGGCGUUCCACUCGCUCACGUCGCCCCGGGCCAGCGUGGGCCCGCAGCCCCCGCCCCGCCGCCUCCGCGUCUGCCUGGACUACGAGGGGCGCCGCGUGGCUUUCUUCAGCGCCGGCGGGGACGCGCCGAUCCUGGAGUACACCCGGGCCGCCUUCAACGGCGAGAGGCUCCGGCCCUGCUUCAAGCUGGGGCUGGGGGCGCGGCUGCGGGAGGUGGCGCGGAGCCCCCGCUGCGGGGAGCGGGCGGGGGGCGCGCAGGCGGUGUCCCCGCUGGACUGGGUGGGCUUCGGCUUCUCGCUGCGGAUCUGCCCCGAAACCCAAAAGAGGAAGCGGCAGCACCGAGAGAGCCCCGUUAUUAAUUCCGGAACCGAGAAGAGGAACCGGGAGCGGCGCCGGGCCCGGAAUAGCAGGCCCGGGAUGAGUGGAGCCCCCGUGACGGAGCCCCCGCGGGUCUCCCCGGGACCCUCCGUGGUCGCCCCCUCCGGGCCCCGCUGGGAUUUGGAGAUUCCCGGGGGGGCGGAUCCUGAGCCCCUCUGGCUCCCGCAGCUGGAAGAUCUGAAAAAUGAGCUGGAGAAGAGGCAGAAAAAAACCCCCGAGGUUUCCCAGCCCGGCGGCCCGGCACAGGGGCAGGAAGAGAAGAGUCAGCAGCCGGAUGUGAAAAGCUCCAGCAGCAGGUGUGGGAAAGUGACUUUCCAGCUGCCCCUGGAUGCGGCUCCGGGGCUGGAAGAGCGAGUUUGUCACUUCUCGUGGAGGAGCAGCGCCCUGAAGGAAACCCUGAGGAAGCUCCAAGCCAGCGUGACCCUGGACCCCGACACGGCCCAUCCCGAGCUCGUCCUGUCCGAGGACGGCAAGAGCGUCUGGCGCGGGGCCGGAGCCCGCGAGCUCCCGGCCAGCCCCGAGCGCUUUGACUACUGGCCCUUCGUGCUGGGCCAGCAGCGCUUCGCGGCCGGGCGCCACUGCUGGGACGUGGACGUGGGCGACGGUGGCGACUGGGCCGUGGGGGUGGCGAGGGAGUCGGUGCCGAGGAAGGGGAGGCUCAGCCUCGGCCCCCAGGGCGGAAUUUGGGGUCUGGAGAAGUGGGGGGGGCAGGUGCGGGCUCUGACCACCCGCAAGGUGACCCUGGUGGCCCUGAGGUGGCUUCCCCGCAGGGUCAGCGUCCACCUGGACUGCGGAGGGGGCUCCGUGGCGUUUUUCGACGCCGAGGACGGGGGGCUCCUGUUCGUCUUCUCCCGCGUCUCCUUCGCCGGGGAGAGGCUCCGGCCCUGGCUCUGGGUGCCUUUCCCCAACCUCCGACGGGGGAAUUGCCCUGAAGCCGCCGUUUUCUCCCGGGAAAAGGCCCCCGUGGCCACCAGGUCUGUGGGUUCCGUGAUUUAA